ACUACUCGCUUUACUAUUAUCAUAAGUUCACAGACAACUUGGUGCAAAGUCCAGCUUGCAUGUUACUUGUUCUACUAAUCUUCUAAAUGUUUUUUAAUCUUUUAAGAAUUGUUCUUCCUUAUCUGGCAUGAAUCAUAAGCAUGCAUACCAUUCUAGUAUAGAUCUCAACCAAUCUCCUUGACUUUUUUUGAGCCUUUUUUCUUUGUUUUUUUUUAACUAAAUGAAAGAAGUCUUGGGUAUGGAUAGGCAAAGAAGUUUCUCCUUCAAACCCAGAAGAUUAUUAGUUUUUUCUUUGACAAUUUGUUCUUCUAUCAUAUUCAUUGUAUUAUUUUCCAUUUGGGUUAUUAAGCUCACCCCUUCAGUUUUUCAACAGACCCAUUUUCAGUUCAAUGUUUCUUCUCUCUUAACUGCUCAGUCUCUUACUGGUUUCAAUCGAAGUUCUUCAGUAUUAAGUGGUGUUAAAGGUUCAAUUUUGAUUCAUACCCAGUUCAGUAAACAUGAAAAUGAUUCUGGGUUUUCAGGGAUUUCAGUUAUUGGUGGUCUAGAGAGGGAGAAUAGUGAACCCGAAGUGGUAGAAGAAGAUGAAGAAAAUGAAGAUACUUCAGUAGUAAGUGGUGUUCAAGGCCCAAUUUUGAUUGAUACCCAGUUGAGUAAAUCUGAAAAUGGUUCUGGGUUUUCAGGGAUUUCAGUUAUUGGUGGUCUAGAGAGAAAGAACAGCGAGCCAAACGUGGUAGAAGAAAAGGUUGAAGAAAAUGAAGAUAGCGAGUCCUUCACCGAAAACUCACAACCACCAAUGGUUGAAAAAGAAGUUUCAAGUGAUAAAAAUGUUACAGAAACUUCAUCUAAGAAAGUUGAGAUUAUUGUGAAGGAGAAGAAUCAAGAAUCUGUGUUGGGGAAAACUUUAAUUUCAAGUACAAGAGAUUGUGAUGUUAGAAGAGGAAAGUGGGUUUUUGAUGAAAGCUAUCCAUUGUAUACAAAUAGUUCUUGUCCUUUCAUAGAUGAAGGGUUUAAUUGUGAGAGUAAUGGGAGACCAGAUAAAGGUUACAUGAAAUGGAGAUGGCAACCACAAGGUUGCGACAUUCCAAGGUUCAAUGCCACAAAAAUGCUGGAACUGAUAAGAGGGAAAAGACUUGUUUUUGUGGGUGAUUCACUUAAUAGAAACCAAUGGGAAUCCAUGCUUUGCAUGUUAAUGGGGGCUAUCAGAGAUCCAACGAAGGUUUAUGAGACACACGGGCGUAGAAUCACCAAAGAGAAGGGAAACUACAGUUUCCGGUUUGUGGAUUAUAGAUGUACGGUUGAGUAUUACGUGACCCAUUUCUUAGUUCACGAAGGUAAAGGAAGAGUGGGGCAGAAGCGUGUGCAGACUUUGCGCAUUGAUUCUAUUGAUCGCAGCUCAUCUAGAUGGAAAGGAGCUGAUAUUUUGGUUUUCAACACCGCACAUUGGUGGUCCCAUCACAAAACUAAAGCCGGGAUUAACUACUAUCAAGAAGGGGGCCAAGUUUAUCCACGCCUAGAUGUUUCCACAGCUUUCAGAAAAGCUUUAACAACAUGGGCAUCAUGGGUAGACAAACACAUCAACCCUAGAAAAACACAAGUUUUCUUUCGAAGCUCGGCGCCUUCCCAUUUCAGUGGAGGACAGUGGAACUCAGGUGGGCACUGUAAAGAAGCUACUUCACCACUUACCGACAAUUCGAGCACAUUUGUAUCUGAGAAAAAUUUAUUAGUGGAAGAGGUGAUCAAACAGAUGAAAACUCCUGUUACUGUGUUGAAUAUAACCGGUUUAUCCCAAUAUAGGAUAGAUGCUCAUCCCUCUAUUUAUGGUAGAAGAAGAUCAGGGAAGCAAUAUUCUUCAAACAGUCAAGAUUGUAGUCAUUGGUGUCUUCCUGGGGUUCCAGAUUCUUGGAAUGAGAUACUGUUUGCUUAUUUGUACCAGUCCAAACAUGGGUUAACUGGUUUUUAGGCUUGUAAACCAGUGGUAUUCUUUCUUUUAUUUAUUUGUUUGUUUAUAUCUUGGUUUUGCUUGAUUUGAAAUGAAUCCAGAUGAUUUAUUUGUAAAUAGCAAAAAAUUCUGUCUCAUUAUGGUACAGAUAAAACGUAGACAGAUUCUGAAACCAAAGCAGUUGCUGCUAGUGGUAGUGGAGGUUUAAAGGGGUCAAAAUUUGAAGACGAAUCGGGGUAGCAUAAGGUGGGUUUUAAAAAAAAAAAUUUGAGUGAAUGGUUCUGUCUCAUUUUGGUACAAUUAUAAUAUAGACAUAUUCUGAAACCAAACCUGUUGCUGAUAGUGGAGAUGGAGGUUCGAAGGUGUUAAAAUUUGACGGGUAGCUCUAAUGGUCAGUAACACAAAGUCUGAGGUUUGACUUCUUUAGUCUCUAACUAUUGUAGGGCUAGGCGGGUUUUCAAGGAUAUUGAGGAUGAAGGGGUUCUUUUAGGCAAAGGUUCAAUACUUCUUCAUCAAGUAUGUAAAAGAACAGAACCAUUUUAUUUGGUUCUUUUUUUUCUUCUUUUUAAUAUUUGUUAUUUAGCUUGAAAUGAGGUUCUCAACCUUGUAAUUCUGGUUGUGAUUGUCUUUAUCAUAUAAUUGUAUGUUUAGUUGAGUUAAUUCUGACUAAUUCAAGUGCUUUUUCUUUCUUUCACAUAAUUCAAUGGAUCUUGUAUUGUAUUGUAUA